AAUUCUUCAUAUUAAUAAUAAAGGCAGAGACACAUAGCCUUAACUCAUGCAGUGUACUAUAAAAAACAAAUCUUUGAAGUUGCAAGUACUACUAAAACCUUCAACUUUUUCAAAGGAAUUAAUUCUUCUUCUUCUUCUUCUUCUUUUUUCACUUUGAGAAGGAAUUUUCUGUAUUUGGGUCAUUGAAAUGGCAAGAGUAGAGUUGUCCCACGUGGACUUAGAGUGCUCCGGCCACAGUCGCCGGAGCUCCGUCAGUGUCAAUAUCUCCGACGCCGAUAACGUUUCUUGUUAUUCUCAGUUUUAUUCCACUGCUGAUGCACGUGCUAAUGAGUCUGAUAAUUCAGUGGAUAUAGAAAAUGGAUAUGGUGAAAGUAAGCUGAAAAUUGAAAGAGAUUGCAGAAUUUGCCACCUGAGUUUGGUGAGUGAGUGUGGGAUUGCCAUUGAAUUGGGAUGUUCCUGUAAAGAUGAUUUGGCUACUGCACAUGAGCAUUGUGCUGAAACAUGGUUCAAAAUCAAGGGAAAUAAGAGGGGAGCUUUCGCGUAACUGGUAAAGUUGUUGCCAUGUGACCAGGAGAUCACGGGUUCGAGUUGUGAAAAUAACCUAUUGUAGGGUCCAUCCCCAUAAUAAAAAAGUCCAAAUUGCCAAAUUGGACUUGGUUGCCAAAUUGGUAGGCGUCAUGAAAAAUUUGCAAUGCAAAUUUUCAACCAAUACUUCGUUCUGAUUGGUUGAAGAAGUAGGUCAUUUCUCCUAUAAAAGGAAGCUAUCUGCUUCUCAUUGUACAUCACACAGAAAGAGAAGCAACACAAUAGUUGUAGAGAGUAUUUCUCAAGCAUUGUGAAAAAUAGACUGUCUAGGAAAAAUAGAGAGUGUGAGCGAUAUUGUAGUGAGUUGAGAAUCUUAAAAAGGGUUAUAUCUUUUGAGUGUACAGUGGUCCCUGGAGUAUUUUACUCGGGACUACUGGUGUAAAAUUCCUCGUUAUAGUGAA